AGGAGGAGCCGGAGGCGGCCUCGGACUCGGCAUGGACGCGCUGUGGGGCGCUGCCCCGCGCCCGCCGCCAGCCGGCCUGGGCCCCUCAGAGAGCCCGAGCUCCACCCCAACCACGACUCGCCGGCUCCGCCGGCCGCCGCUGCCCUGGGCGCGCUUCUCCGCCUGGCUCGAGUGUGUGUGCGUGGUGGCCUUCGACCUGGAGCUGGGCCAGGCCCUGGAGCUGGUGUACCCUUAUGAGCCCAGGCUGACAGAGAAGGAGAAAACCAGCAUCUGCUACUUGUCUUUUCCUGACUCCUACUCAGGCCUUCUUUCAGGCUGCCUCGGGGACACUCAAUUUAGCUUUCGCAUGCGUCAGUCGGGGGGACAGAGGAGCCCCCACUCCCUCGAUGAUGACGAUGAUGCCUAUAACAGAGGAGCUCCCGUCACCCUGCAGAGAGAGGCUGCCCACUUGUUUGGCUACGUGUACUUCCGGCAGGUGAAGGACAGUGCUAUGAAGAGAGGCUACUUCCAGAAGUCACUGGUGCUGGUGUCCCGCCUGCCCUAUGUGAAUUUGUUCCAGUCACUACUGAACCUCAUUGCUCCUGAGUACUUUGAGAAGCUGGUCCCGUGCUUGGAAGCAGUAUGCAACGAGAUUGACCAGUGGCCACCCCCGGUGCCAGGACAGACUCUGAAUCUGCCUGUGAUGGGAGUCGUCAUGCAGGUACGAGUCCCAUCCCGGGUAGACAAGUUGGAGUCAAGCCCUGUAAAGCAGUUUAACCAAGAGAACCUGCUUCCUGCGCCGCUAGUUCUCUCCAGUGUUAAUGAGCUGGAUCUUUUCAGGUGUUUCCAGCCUGUGCUGAUUCACAUCCAGCUGUUGUGGGAGCUGAUGCUCCUGGGGGAGCCCCUGGUUGUCAUGGCACCGUCUCCCACUGUCUCAUCAGAGAUGGUGCUGGCUCUGACCAGCUGUCUGACUCCUCUUAAAUUCUGCUGUGACUACCGGCCCUACUUCACCAUCCAUGACAGCGAGUUCAAGGAGUACACCACCCGCACGCAGGCCCCACCGAAUGUUGUCCUGGGGGUCACAAAUCCUUUCUUUAUCAAAACUCUUCAGCACUGGCCACACAUCCUCCGGGUCGGAGAGCUCAAAAUGUCAGGGGACCUUCCCAAGCAAGUGAAGAUGAAGAAACUCACCAAGUUGAAGACCCUGGACACCAAGCCAGGACUCUACACCUCCUACAAAACCUACCUGCACAAGGACAAGACGCUCAUUAAGAGGCUGUUGAAGGGCAUCCAGAGGAAGCGGCCUUCCGAGGUGCAGAGCGCUCUGCUUCGACGGCAUCUCCUAGAGCUCACGCAGAGUUUCAUCAUCCCCCUGGAACACUACAUGACAAGCCUGAUGCCCCUGCAGAGGGCAGUCACACCCUGGAAGACACCCCCCCAGAUCCGUCCUUUCCGCCAGGAUGACUUCUUGAAGACCCUGGAGCAUGCUGGCCCCCAGCUUACCUGUGUCCUCAAGGGUGACUGGCUAGGCCUGUACAGGCGGUUUUUCAAGUCUCCCAAUUUUGAUGGCUGGUACCGGCAGCGGCACAGGGAGAUGACGCAGAAGCUGGAGGCUCUACACCUGGAGGUGAUCUGUGAAGCGAACAUCCUGACCUGGAUGAAGGACAAGUCUGAGGUGGAGAUUGUCGACCUGGUCCUGAAGCUUCGAGAAAAACUUAUCCAGGCUCAGGCUCACCGGCUCCCGGUGAAGGAGGAGACGCUGCAGCGGGUGACUCUGUAUAUUGACACCGUCAUUGGCUCCCUGCCCGAUGACCUGCAGGCCGUCCUGCGGCACCCCUGAGAUGGCCCUGCACUUCUGGACUCCAGAGACCCCCUUGGGGGAGGACUAGAGGUUGCCCACACCUGCCAAGCCUUCUUGGCCCGUCAGUAUUAAGGCCCUGGCCCCUCUGAGCUCUGGGCUGGAGGGUAGAGGGAGGCCCACGCCUUGCUCCCUUGGGGGCUGGGCCCAGAGGAAUAGGAGCCUGCACCUCCAGCCCCUUCUUUCCCUGGGGCCCCUGGGAACAGCCAAGGCCUCCAGGAGAGGCCGUGCAGGCCCUGCCUCUCUUGGGGGAGGGUUUCCCAGCAGCUCAGCACUCCAGAGCCCCUUCUUCCAAAGGACCACUGUCCCCAGGAGCCUGAACCCUGACAAUUGUCGGGAGGAGGGGCGGGCCUGGUGACAGCAGCCCACAGGGGUGGCCCCUCCCUCUAUACAGCUUCCUGCCCCUUCCCAGGGCUCCCACGUCACCCCCUCCCCAGAAAAGGCUUCUGUUGGCGCAGCUGAGGUAAAGGGCAGGGGCAGGGGCCUGGGGCCCAGCCAACCCUCUGCUUUCCUCAUCCCGUUUCAAAGCAGGGAGCUUCAGCCAAGCACAAACCGGACCCCCUUGCCUGCUCCCCAUAGGCUGGGCAGCCCUUCCUGGGCCCUCCUGCUAAGGGCCAGGGCCAGGGGGGCUGAGGCAGAAGCAGCUGGCUCUGCUUCGCUGUCUCCCCAGAGAGCCCUGGCCCUUUCUCCAGCUGGCUCCUGGAGUCUUCCCAUGGGCCUUGACACUGAAGCCAUCAGUCUGUCUGAGAGUAAAGGAGAUUGUUUUAAAUGGUGGACUGGGCCCUCUCUGAAUGGGCAGGUCUGGGGGAGGCUGGCCCCAUGGGGGCCUACACUGGCUAACCUGAGCUGGGUAUCCCACCAGUGGGGGAAAGCUGGCCCCCCAAACUGUCCUAGAGAACUGCAGGCCCCGAGAAGGGAGAAGUGGGA